AUGUCGGAAGGUUCCCUCAGACCAGGGGAACAGUGGUGGUUGGUAGCAGAGUAUGCAAUGGAAUGGUGUCAAAUCCGUGGAAGACUGGCGGAGGGAAUUCUGUGCGUACUCGGUCCAGGCAAGGUAACAGUUCCAGGAGUUCUGGUGGCUGUGGCAGAAGGUAUGGAGGAACUUCCUCUGGAGCGUGGAGAUGAGAAAGAGCAUCCGCCUUGUGGUUAUUUGUGCUCCUGUUUUGUAGAGUUUGGAGUUCACCUUGCAGAGCUCACUGUCGACCCACACGGAGCACUUGCUAUUCGCCAAUUGGCCUCUGUCAUUCUGAAGCAGUAUGUUGAGACUCACUGGUGUGCCCAGUCAGAGAAAUACAGGCCCCCAGAGACGACUGAAUGGGCCAAAGCUGCAAUCCGUGAGCUUCUGCCAAGUGGUUUGCGGGAGGCCAUCAGUAAGGUGCGCUCCAGCGUGGCCUAUGCCCUGUCGGCUAUCGCACACUGGGACUGGCCUGAAGCUUGGCCUGGGCUCUUCAAGCUCCUCAUGGACAUGCUGGCCAGUGGAGAUGUUAACGCUGUACACGGCGCCAUGAGGGUCCUCACAGAAUUUACCCGAGAGGUGACUGAUGUUCAGAUGCCGGAUGUUGCACCUGUCAUUUUGCCUCAAAUGUACAAGAUUUUUACCAUGGCAGAGGUUUACAGUAUUCGCACUCGAUCCAGAGCUGUUGAGAUCUUUACCACGUGUGCUAAUCUCAUCUGUGCGAUUGAUGAAGUAGCAAAGGGUGCUGCCACACUCUCUCUACUGCAUCUCACUGCUGCCUGGAACUCUCACCCAUCUAGAAUCGAGCGUGAACGUUGGUAUGAAGGAGUGUCACUCAAAAAGGAAAUACUGUAG